GAACAACAGUGCCACCUGCAAGUCCAUGAAACCUAACAGCCCGAAGGCUAAAACCCCUCUUUCUUCAAACAUAUCAGUUCUUCUUCUUCUUCUUCGGUGUGAUCUGCUCGUUCGUCUACCAUGGCUUCCAAUGGAGCUCAUUCCAGAGAAGGUGGGGAUGCAGGGACGAAUGACUUGGACAAGAUCAAACGUCAAUUGGCUUCCGGUUCCGGCAGGAAUAUCUUGCAGGGUCCUCUUCUUAAGCGAUCCGAAACGCUGAAGAAAUGGAACGAGAGGUGGGUGAUCUUAGAUCCAACAACAGGAAAAAUGGAAUAUAAGAUUAGAAGAAAUGAGCCAACUGUCAAGGGAACCAUUAUAUUUGACGCAAAUAGCACGAUAGCAAUAUCUCCUUUGAACUUCCAUGGGCUACCAAAGUAUGAUCGCUGCUGUUUCUAUAUCGGGACACCCCAGAAAAAAGAGUAUUUCCUCUGUGCAGAAACUCCAGGCGCUGCUCGAGCUUGGGUGUCAACUUUACAUGCCACACAGUUGGUUUUAAAGGCACAUAAAGAGGCUGUGAAUUCCUUAGGUGGGAAUGGUUCUGCAAAGCUAGGAACCAUUGCUACUGUAGUUGCUGCUGCCAAUUCUAGAUCGAUGGAAGCUUCUAAAGAAAUUGAGGCAGCUAUGCAGAUAGCCAUGAGGAAUGCUCUAGGAGCAAUGACGAAUAGACCAACUGAUCUUCCUCCGAUGGAUGAUCUCACAAUCAUGAUGGAGACUUUAAGAGUUAAAGACGAAGAGCUACAACAUUUGGCUAGGGAUCUUCGUGCUCGGGAUUCAACAAUAAAAGAGAUUGCUGAAAAACUAUCUGAAACUGCUGAAGCUGCUGAGGCUGCAGCUUCUGCUGCUCGUACAAUGGAUGAACAAAGGAAAAUUGCUUUUGCUGAGAUUGAACGCUUAACCCAAGAUUCACAAAAGCAGUUCAACUCGUCGAUAUUGAAGCUAAGAGAGUCUGAACAAAAAGUUGGAAUUCUAAAUAAAGAAAGAGAUCAACUAAUUAAGCAGAGAGACUCUGCACUUCAGGAAGCACAUUUGUGGCGUUCUGAGCUUGGAAAAGCUAGAGAGCGUGCUCUGAUAUUGGAAGGAGCUGUUGUUAGGGCUGAGGAGAAGGUCAGGGUUGUGGAGGCAGAUGCCCACACUCGAAUAAAGGACUCAGCAGAAAGGGAGGCUGCAGCCAUAAAGGAGAAACAAGAGCUUCUUGCAUAUGUGAAUGUGCUACAAGCCCAACUUCAAAGGGAGAGUGUAGUCCACUUGGCAGUGGAUCAGGCUAAUGUGGGCCCAAUUGGAGAUGGUGAAUGGAGUGAUAUUCAAACAACGGAAGCAAGGAUAGCUGAAGUCAGGGAAGUUGGUCCUGAUACAGAAGGGAGAAGCUUGGAUAUAACUGUGGUUACUGUACCAGUUAGUGGCCACCAAGAGCCAGAAGCAAAUUCUGCCCAUCAGUCUUAAUAUUUUCAUCUCUUCCAUGAGCAUAUAUAUAUUCAGUGGCAUCACAUGCCAUUAGGGAUAAGUUACAAGAGGAGAUUUGAACCAUCUUCAUGCGCCUUUAGUUCAAUAUCUGAUGCUGCAGUCAUUAUUAAGCUAUCUGCAUGUUGAUGGUUUCUGUAUAGCUAAAAUCUUGACAUUCUCACUGAACGGGUCUUUGUCUUUUGGCCUUUCUGUAUGUGUCUUUCUAUUAGCAUCAAAACUUUUAGCAGUCUACUCUUUUCACAUUUUUGAUUGUAUUAUUUAUGACUUGAUUAUAGGUAUAUAGCCGGCGGGAAAGUUGUAUUGUGAUACACUACAGUACUCAAUAGUUUGAAAUAUAUGAUCUUUCACUUGAUA